GGCAUUUGCCAGUGGAUUAUGAGAGCAAUCAAAAGCCUGGAUGACUGGUGACAUUUUUACCAAAUGGGCACGCGCAUGGGAUCGUGAACUUACGAAAAAGAAUAAGAAAAUCCUGCUGUUAGUUUACAACUGCCCUGCACAUUCCCAUAUUGCAGACUUGAAAAGCAUAACCCUAGUAUUUCUGCCUCUAAACACGACAUCAGUGUGGCAACCCAUGGAUCAAGGGAUCAUUGGAGCUUUGAAAGCACAUUUUCGUAAAAACCUUAUUUUAAAAAUGAUCCAGUUUCUAGAUGGCGGAUGCAGUAGUGUUGAGUGCCCGAAGAUCACUGUUCUCGACGCUAUUCUAAUGAUUCAAGAUGGCUGGACUCAACUCAAGCAAGGAACAAUUUUUAACUGUUACAAACAUGCUGGUUUUGUCCGAAGCAAUGUAGAAUGUACCAUAACUUCAGAUGAUUUUAACGAAGAAGACGACGUACCGCUGAACAUUUGGGCGAAGGCUAUUGAUAAGCAUCAGUUACCCAUAACAAACGAGGACUUUGAACAAUACGCGCUUGUCGACGAUGCUGUCGCCACUUGUGAAGAGCCGUCUGAUAAAAACAUUGUGGAUAAUAUCAUCGCCGACGACGCGAAUAGCAAAGACAGCGGUGAUCAUGACGAAUCAGAGUUUUAUCCAACCUUGAGUGUAUCUGAAGGCUGCGGAAACGCUUAAUGUAUUUAGUCAGACUAACUUUGAUGAUGACCAUAUGAAAAUAAUGAUGUCACGAAUUCACAAUGCUGUCCGAAGUUCUUACUACCGAACAAAAUUCUGUCAAAAACAAACCCAAAUAACAGAUUUCCUACGUUAGUGACAGUAUUACGAGGGCUGUCCGAUAAAUAACCGACCUAAUCAUGAUGCACGCGACUUUUUCAAAAUAGUGAAAAAAAAAAUGCACUACCACUAAACCUUUAGUGAUAGUGAAAAACAAAUUGCACUACCACUAAAUAUUUAGUGAUAGUGAAAAUCUUUAGUGAUAGUGAAAACCCUUAGUGAUAAUAAACAUUUUUCAGUAACAUAACACUGUUUCUUGAAGAAUAAAAAUAAGAUUAUGUAUGUACAUGUAUGUAUAAGCUGAAGCAGUAUGAGGCAAUGUAUUCAAAAUAAACCAUAUAUUUGAGUAGAGACUUCUAAUUAUGCCGCACCAAAAUUAGGAAAACAUAAUUCAUUUUUUAUGUGCUUUUUUUAAUACCAACAUUUCAAAAUUACGGUCGGUGAGAUUUUGCCUUGUGGAUCGAUUGACAAUUCCAGCAAAGGAAAAAAGUCUUUCCACUGGCGCAGAGGAAGGAAGAGGUGUGUUGUAUUUAAAAUUUUUUUUUUUUAUAAUAGGAAAGCGGCGUCAUUCAAGUACAAAGUUACUUCGGUAAUAGUGCAUUUUUUUCACUAUCACUAAAUAUUUAGUGGUAUUGCAAUUUGUUUUUCACUAUCACUAAAUAUUUAGUGGUAGUGCAAAAAUGCCCAACCCUGUGAAGGGUAUAUUAGCUUCGGUGCAGCCGAAGUUAACGUUUUUUCUUGUUUU